CAGCACCGCCCGGGCCAAACCCCUAACAAACUAUAGAUACAGUCACCUUUUCCCUUGAAACGGCAAAGCCCCACACCCGUGGCUCAGACAUUAUAUUCCCUCCGAUCCUCUGUAGGGAGAAAUUGGGUUUAAAAUGAGUGAUUCGGAACUCUACGCGCUGGACGACAUGGACCUCUGCAGUAUGCCUGUUCCCGGGCCGCCAGAAAGGUCCUCGACACCCAAGAGAGGCCGAGGUGGAUCCAUCAAGAACUCCACAGGGUCCAAGAACCCACAUGCUAUCACCAUCGCCGUCUCCUCUCGGACACUCUUCAACAUGGCCGAGGAACGGGCUAUCUAUGAAACUGACGGCUUGGAGUCAUACGUUAAGUACCAGCAGGACCACGAGAACCAACCUCUCAAGAAAGGAUUGGCCUUCUCCUUGAUGAAGGCACUGGAAGCAGUUAAUUCACGCCUACAUGAACUUUAUCCUGGGUCUGAUGAAAUAUUUGAUAUAGUCCUAAUGACCAAUAACCAUGCCCAAGUAGGAGUAAGGCUGAUAAACAGCAUCAAUCAUUAUGGUUUGCCAAUUGAAAGGUUUUGUUUGACAGGGGGAACGAGUCCUAUUAAUUAUCUAAAAGCAUAUAACACCAACCUGUACCUCUCAUCAGAUCCAAUUAAAGUAGCAAAAGCUCUCAGUGAAGGGAUCGCAGCAGCAACGCUGUGUCAUCUUGACAAAGAUGCACAGCUCUGCGAGCAGCAGCUUAGAGUGGCUUUUGACGGAGAUUCCUUUGUGAAUCAAGAAGCAAACGAGAAAUCUUCGAAGGGUUAUAUGCAGUCUGAAUCAGUCUGUGAAUAUGAGCCCAAGACAAUAUCACUGGUGCAGCAGACAGGAAGAAGUGGGACCACUGAAGUAGCAAAGGGCCCCCUCGUAGGAUUUUUGGAAGCAGUCGGAAAACUCCAGAAAAAGUUCUAUGUCAAAAAUGAACGUAAGGAUUGCCCAAUUCGAGUAUUCAUGAUCAUAAAAAAGGGCGGUUCUGCUGUUGGAUUAAAAGCUUUGAAGACAAUUCGUAGCUGGGGGCUGGAAGUUGACGAGGCAUUCAUCUUAUCUGGCUUAUCUGCAACGGUACUUUUGGAUAAAAUAUGCCCACAUCUUUACUUUGAUGAACAGGCAUUCAACCAACCAAAUGUAGCAGUUGGUACACAAGGCAAGAUCUGUUAAGGGCUGGAAUAAUUCUUCAUGUCUUUUUUAAGAACACCAACUGUAUACAACAAGGAAAAUUAAAGCUACA